AUGUUGAACACGGUGCAACCCCAUACCAACGUGCAGUUGCCGCUGAUCCACCUGCUCUUAGAGUUCCCCACCCUGGCGGCGCUGGCGCCGGCGCCGGCGCCGUACCCGAUGAUGGCGCCGCCAUUGGCGCCGCCGGUGGGCUACGCCCACCCCGUUCAGCUUCUGGCAUACAACUUUGCCCCCACCCCGCAGUCGGUGCUGGUGCUGCCACGGCCCCUGCCCCCCCAGUUGAGACUGGAGCUGGUGCCCCACUUGGGGCAGCAGUUGCCGGCGCCCGGCGCGGCGCUGGCGAUGCCGCCGGUGGUGGUGCACCACCACCAGCUGAGCGACGUCCUGGACGACGACGGGGCGGUGUCGCUGGCCGACGCGCUGCCGCUGCUGGCCAAGAAGCAAUGGAAGCCACGCAAGAAGCGCCAGUGCCCCGAGUGCAAGUUGUUCUUCUCCAACUUGGCCACCCACAAGCUGACCCACUUGAAGCCGGCGCUGCGCCCGCACGUGUGCAAGUACUGCCAGCGCGGGUUUGCCCGCCCCAACGACUUGUUCCGCCACAUCAAGUGCCACUGGAAGGAGAUCGGCUCCGACAAGGGGCAAUUCAAGUGUCCGUUUAAGCGCGCCGCCAACGAGGACGGCGAGGACCACUGCUGCCACAACACGGGGAUCUUCCUGCGGUGCGACACUUUCAAGAACCACUUGAAGGCGAUCCACUUCCAGUACCCCAACGGCACCAAAAAGGACCAGCGCACAAAAGUACCCGGCAAGUGCCGGAUGUGCGGGGCGCACUUUGCCAACGUCGACGACUGGAUGGUCAACCACAUCGAGGCCAACAGCUGCUGCUACGCCAAGGUGAAGCAAGAGCUGUGA